AUGAUGGGAUGGCCUACCGGGAGUCGGGACCGAGUAACCUUUCGUAAAAUCGAUGGUGAUAAGCUCCAUGGUCCGAAAAAAGUGCUAGUAAAGGACCCGAAGGAUAAAAGCGUUCUUGGACUUUGCAUCUUCUUGUAUAUCGCAGCUAGGCUACCAUUGCCUAUGCUGAACCUGGAUAUGCAACAAUCAUCAUCGUGUCAGAUCUCUGGACAUGUUAUUAAUCUGAACCUCCGGAUUGAGUUAGUGCACGAUAUCACUGACAAACAAAGUGGCGGGUCCAAGCCUGAGGAAUUCGCCAGCGUAAGAGAGGUAAAUAUUGAUAAGGACUGCCCUACGACAGAGAGCCGCGAGGAGUCCAUGGCUGAUGUUAAAGAACGACUGCGACGUGCAGAGUUGGGCUGCGUGCGACUUGAAGAGCUGUACAAAAAAUACAGGUUGCGUUGGCUGGAAGAAAAUUAUCGUGCCAGAAUCUUGCAGGAAUAUGUGCCAAAUGUAACCAGUACAUCUCCUGGUCAGAUCCCAUGGGACGCCCCUUCUCCCAUUCAAUCGGACGACGACGACGAAUUUGAGGACCUAAGUACAGAAAAAAUACCGUAG